AUGUCGAAGGAGCACAUCGAAACGAAACGGGAAGAGUUGAAGCUACAAAGAAAGCUCGAGCGCCAAACAGCUACAGAUAUGAAACGGGCGGGGUUUGCGCUAGUGGAACCGACUCCAGGCUCGUCCUCGUCAUCUUCUAAUCAUACAUCUGCCAUUCAGCCGCAGACCACGUCCUUUCUACCCGUUUCAACGGGUGCAGCAGCCUCUGUGAUCGACGUCAAAGGAUUGAAAGCACAGGACAGACUAGAGCUGACGCGUGAAAACAAGGAGAAGCUUGUCAAGUAUUACUUCAAAGGGCAGAGGAGAUUUUUCGAAGAGGAUCAGAUAUUUCAAGUGGAUCGAGC